CAGUUUGACCACGUGGUGAAUUCUAACCUAUUUAAAUUGUCAAAAAAACAAACACAUUGAAAAUCUUGUCGCAAAUAUUUUAUAAAAAUGGAAAAUGAAAAAGAUGUGAUUGAUUUAGAAGAGAAAAAACCAUUACCACUUCUGCCAAGUGAAGAUAAUUAUAAUCACAUCAAAAACAAACAAGUUCGUUUACAACGUGUUCAAAAAUUACGGCGAGAAAAAAACAAAAAGAAGAAAGAAGAACGUAAAAAACGACAAAAAGACGGUGGCCCAAAAGCAGUUCCACAUACAAUCGAAAGUUUACGUGUUAAAGAUGAAACAGUUAUUGCCGGUAGUUUAGAUGAUGAAGAAAAUUUAGAAGUUCAAAAAGAUUUGGAGCAAGAUGAAUUCGCUGAUUAUUAUCAAAAUGAAUACGAACCAAAAGUUUUAAUUACAUAUUCCGAUAACCCAUUGACAAAAACACGUAUUUUUGGACGGGAACUAACUCGAGUUAUACCAAAUUCAAGAUCGUUCUAUCGUAAUCGGAGUGGUGUGAAAAAAAUCGUUCAAAGUGCGAUUAAAAAGAAUUAUACCGAUGUUUUAAUCAUCAAUGAAAAUCGUAAAGAACCUGACGGGUUAUUGGUGAUACAUUUACCAAAUGGACCCACAGCACAUUUCAAAUUAAGUAAUGUUAAAAUUACACCAGAAUUAAGGAAAAAUUAUAGAGAAAUUUCCACACAUAAGCCGGAAGUAAUAUUAACUCAUUUUACGACACGGUUGGGUUUAACAGUUGGGCGAAUGUUGGGUGCAUUGUUUCAUUAUCGUCCUGAAUUCAAAGGACGUAGAGUUGUGACGUUCCAUAAUCAACGUGAUUAUAUUUUCUUCAGACAUCAUCGCUAUCAGUUCGAUAAGAAUGGCAAACGUACGAAUUUAAUGGAAUUAGGACCACGAUUUACAUUGAAAUUACGUUCAAUACAAAAAGGAACGUUUGAUUCGAAGUAUGGUGAUUAUGAAUGGAUUAUUUCUGGUAAACGACAUUCACUUGAAACUAGUAGAAGAAAAUUUUUCUUGUAAUGUAUUUUUGUUAUUUAAGUCAUAAUAAAAGAUAUUU